GGCUCAACCACGUUUUCCACUGUGCUGAACCCAUAAUGACUGUUAACGCUAAUUGCCCCAUCAGGAAGAGGAAGCCGAGAAGCUCAUGGUCGACGCCUUCAGCAAGAACUUCAUCGAUUACGAGGAGUAUCCCGUCAGCGCCGAUAUUCAGAACCGCUGCGUUUCGAUGAUAGCCCGCCUAUUCAACGUACCUGGAGAUGACGAUGCGAACGCGAUGGGCACCUCUACUAUUGGCAGUUCCGAAGGCAUCAUGCUUGCCGUGCUUGCCAUGAAGAAGCUAUGGGCAAACAAGCGCAAGGCCGAGGGAAAGCCGUUCGACCAGCCCAACAUCAUCAUGAACUCAGCCGUGCAGGUGUGCUGGGAGAAGGCAGCUAGAUACUUCGACGUCGAGGAGCGCUACGUGUACUGCACGGCCGAUCGUUAUGUCAUCGACCCGAAGGAAGCUGUUGAUUUGAUUGACGAGAACACCAUUGGAAUCUGUUCUAUUCUCGGCACAACCUAUACUGGAGAGUACGAAGAUACCAAGGCCAUCAACGAUCUGCUCGUUGAGAGGAAUAUCGAUGUCCCCAUCCACGUCGACGCUGCUUCUGGUGGUUUUGUGGCGCCCUUCGUGAACCCCGGUCUCGAGUGGGACUUCAGACUGGAAAAGGUCGUGUCAAUUAACGUCUCGGGCCACAAGUACGGGCUCGUAUACCCUGGCGUGGGUUGGGUUGUCUGGCGUGACCCCAAGUUCCUUCCGAAAGAACUCGUCUUCAACAUCAACUACCUUGGCGCCGACCAGGCCUCUUUCACUCUCAACUUCUCGCGUGGUGCGUCACAGAUCAUCGGGCAAUACUACCAGAUGAUCCGCUUGGGCAAGAGGGGAUACAGGAGGAUCAUGCUGAACUUGACCCGGACGGCCGACUACCUCUCGGCGAACCUUGAAGAGCUAGGCUUCAUAAUCCUAUCGCAGAAGAGCGGGGAAGGUCUUCCCCUCGUUGCUGCUCGUCUCGACGAGGACCUGGGAAAGCAGUACGACGAGUUCGCAAUUGCCCACCAACUCCGCGAGCGCGGCUGGGUCGUCCCCGCCUACACCAUGGCCCCUCACUCGGACAAGAUGAAGCUCAUGCGUGUGGUUGUCCGUGAAGACUUCACCAAGUCCCGUUGUGAUGCCCUCAUCGCAGAUUUCAAGCUUGCACUCGAGACGCUUGAUUCUAUGGACUCCAAGAGAAUCCAGCACGAAAAGGAGCAUGCUGCCGAGUUCCACAUGCGCCGCCGGUCGACCUUGAUCGGCACCGCAGGACCUCAGAUUAAGAAACAGGCGACCUAUCACUUCAACGAUGAUCACAGCCUGCAAGCUAAGCAUGAUAAGUCGCAUCCCGUGUGCUAGAGAGUUAUGUAGAUAUACCUCGCGAUUCGAUGCGGCACGGCGCGGAUUUCACGGUCAUGGGCACGCGUACAUACACGGCGUUAACGUCUAUACACGAACUACGAAAUGAAACGAGUAACGUGGCAUGUCUGAUCACGGUAGCUGGUACAUGAACCAGGAUUCCAGUGCACAUAGAAUCCUGCAGAACUCACGCUAUUAUACCUUCAUAGACUUGUAGUAUCAUGGUUCAGCGUGA